AUGUGCCGGAUUCUGAAUCUAGCGGAGGCGUGCGAGGUGGUGGCGAACUUGCAGCUGGCGGUGUGUGGGGCCACGCGGAGCCUUCCGAGCAGUUUCGGUCCAGGAUCCCGAGGAUCCUGCGUGACUUUGGCAGAAUCGCUCGAGUCGCCGUUGGCACCCGUGUCGGAUGCGCCCGCCGGGGUAGCUCCCUUAGCCCGUACUUUCCCCCGCCACGUGGGGGAUCUUGUAGGGGCUGCUCAGGCCGGGACCCCCUUGGACACGCUCCAGUCGUCGGCGCAUCUCCUUCUUGCAGUAUCGGCGUGCAUGCGCUCGAUGCUUGAGGUGGAGGGGGCGGAGCCGUACACGAUCUUCUUCCUAGCAGCCAUAAUCUACCCGGUCAUCGCGCAUGUCAUCUGGUCGCACCAUGGGCUGCUCUCAGUGGCACCUGUGCUGCUUUGCUUGCUCCCCAUUGUCAACCCCCCACCUCGCCUCCCUCCGCCCAGCUUCUUCCUAGCAGCCAUCAUCUACCCGGUCAUCGCACACAUCAUCUGGUCGCACCACGGGCUGCUGUCAGCUGAUGCGGGGGACUACGUGCUGGGCACCCGCGGUGUGCUCGACAAUGCCGGCUCCAUGGUCGUUCAUGUCACUGGUGGCGUCACCUCAUUAGUUGCUGCGUGGAUGGUCGGCCCACGGAUUGGAAGAUUCGAUAUCGAUGGUCGCGUUGUACCCUUUAGAGGGCACUCCCUGGUGUUCAUAGCAGCGGGCACCAUCAUCCUCUGGGUGGGGUUCUUCGGGUUCAACGGCGGCUCAGUGCAGUACCUGGGGCAGCCCGCCUCCGUGUGGGUGGCCGAUGUCGCCCGCGUGUGCGCCAACACCACCGUGUGCGCCGCCUUUGCGGGCGUGGCGGUGUGGUUUGUGACGUACCGGCGGAGGGAGCCGAAUCUGGAGGACACGCUGAACGGCGUGAUUGGUGGGCUCGUGGCCGCGUGUGCUACGAGCAGUAUUGUGGAGGCGUAUGCUGCCUGUAUCAUUGGGGCCAUAGCAGGCGUGGUGUACCUGGGGGGGGUGUAUCUGGUGAAUAAGGCCCGCAUUGACGACCCUGUUAAUGCCACAGCGGUGCACCUGUGCUGCGGCACGUGGGGGAGCGUGGCCGUGGGCUUCUUCGCCUCGCCAGCAGCAGUGCAGCGCACCUACCAGUUCUCCGACCCUGUGCCCUGCGGCCUCUUCUACGGCUGCGGCGGCUCACAGCUGCUCGUGCAGAUCCUGGGCCUUCUAUUGGUGUACGCGUGGGUGGGCCUCUCAUCGUUUGUCCUGUUCUACGCGCUGCACUAUUUCGACGUGUUGCGAGUCAAGAGGCAUGAGGAGGAGGUGGGGCUGGACGUGGCAUUCCACGGGGGCAACGACGAUGACGAGGCGUUUGACGUGGUGGAGGAUGGCGACAGCAUGGCACGCAGGCUGCUGACGUGGCGCAAGCUGCAGCAUGUCUCAACGCUCUUCUCCCGAGCAGCCGCCAAGAACACCAGCCGCCACAACGGGUACGGCCCAACCGGGGCGGCAGGCAGGGACGGCAAGGGCGGCAAGGGGGGCGGCAAGGGCGGCAGCCUGAGCCAGCUGGCGCAGAGCCUGCACCCCAAGGGGUGGAACGUGGGGGAGAGGAAGGCGCGGCGGCCUGUGUGGCACAAGGCACUGGAGGGCACGCACCUGGGGCGAUUCUCCCUGGCCAUGUAUGAGGCCAACUAUAUCAUGGAGGACACUGUGGAGGUGCAAUCGUCGAGUCGCGGGGUGUUCAUCGGGAUUCACGAUGGGCACAACGGGAGUGAGGCGGCGGAGUUUCUACGUGAAACACUAUACAACAACAUCAUGAGCGAGUGCACGGAGGGCAACGGGGUGUCAGUGGAGGCGUUGCGGAAGGGCUUUGACGCAACAGAGAGGCAGCUGGCGGCCAUUGUGAGGGAGGCGUUUGAGGAGAGCCCGCACCUGGCCAUGGUGGGGGCAUGCUCUGUGGCCGCCCUCAUCACCCCCACUGCCAUCUGGGUCGCCAAUGUCGGCGACUGUCGCGCCGUGCUGGGUCAGGUGCGGCAAGUGUCAGACGGGGUGGAGUGCCGAGCGGUGCAGCUAUCAACGGACCACAACCUGUCAGUGCCGGCCAUCAGAGAGAAGUACAUCGCGGAGCAUGCCGACAUGCCCGAUGCCGUUGUUGAGCGCCGCGGCCGCUUCCGUGUGAAGGGCAAAGUGAUGGUCACCAAGGCCUUUGGCGACCUGUAUCUCAAGUCCACCGACUUCAAUCGGGAGCCCCUCGUGUCGCGCUUCCGAGUGCCGGAGCCCUUCAACCCGCCACUCAUCUCCGCCGACCCCUCCGUGGCCGUGCGCGUCUUCUCGCCGCACGACUCGUUUGUCAUCGUGGCCUCCGACGGGCUCUUUGAGUUCCUCUCCAACCAGGAGGCCGUCAACAUCGUCGCCAGCAGCCCUAGGAAGGACGUGGCUCGCCAGCUAAUCCGGACGGCGCUGCAGCGGGCGGCAGAGAAGACGGAGAUGCUGUACAACGACUUACUGCGCAUGCCGUCCGGGCAGCGGCGGGACUACCACGAUGACAUCAGCGUUGUCGUCUUUUUCCUGGACCAUGAUGCCAUGCGGCGAUCCUCUCAUAGCUUCUGGAAGAAGGAUGUGUCCAUAAAGGGUGGCUCCACCCUUAUCUCCUUCCCUCCCCCCCUCCCUGCUCCCCCCUGCGUCCCCCUUCUUUCCCCCCCCCUCCAGGACGUGUCUAUAAAGGGCGGAUCAGCAGCCUCCUCUCUCCUGGCCGCCCCCACCAUCUCCGGUGCUGACGUGCACAACAUCUCCAGCAUACGUGGCGCCACGUCAGCGCGCGACGCGCUGGCAGAUGCGCGGGCGCAGCAGGGGGAGGCUCCACCUCAGGGCAGCGCCACGUGGCAGGCAGGGUUGGUUUCUGAGGCGCUUCAAAGGCAAGGCAGCGCCAGCUGGCGGCCAGGCUCAGUUUCUGAGGCGCUUCAGAAUCAAGGCAGCGCCAGGUGGCAGGCAGGCACAGUUCCCGAGGCGCUUCAAAGGCAGGGCAGUGCCAGUUGGCAGGCAGGCUCAAGGGAAGCCGAAAGGGAGGUUCUAGGAGUCGGCAACGGGGGGUGGGGGGAAGGUGCGGGGAGGAGCGGGCUAGUGGGUGUGGGUGGGACAGGGAGCAGCAAAGGUGGGGCUUGGAGGGAAGAGGAAAGGAGCAUGUCGGGGAGCCGCCGGCAUGCUGGUGAUGCGCUGGUGGGGUUGACUGUGCCUGAGGAUGCUGUAGUGGACGUCAGCCAAUUAGGGCCCGCCAGCUCAUUCGCUGAUGCGAGCGUGAGAGCGCUGCUUGACUAA